AUGCUUGAAGCUUGGCAGAAACUUACAACGAAGCAUCAAUACUGGCGGAAAGUUUGUGGGUCUUUUGUGGUGAAGAAGGAGAUUCAAACCACUCGCAAAGUUUUCCUACGCUGGCAGCAACUGGUUAACACUCGACAAGGCAAACGACUAGCCGCAAUGCACGCAGAGCAACACUUACUACAAAAGAUUUGGCGGUAUUGGAUCCGCGUUACAUUGGCUUGUCAGCUACGACGAGAUGAACAACUGGAACGGGCUGCAGAGCACGAGAUGGCUACAUUGCUACGUCAAAGUUUAGGAGUGUGGCAAGCGGCUGUGAAGAAGCAACGUGAACGUCGCUUUGUCCUGCUCUCGUGUAUUAUCAAGCUCGAGUCAGUGGCUGGUCAACGUAUACAGGAGAUCGUCUUCCAGUCGUGGAAGCGCGUCGUCGACUGCAGACGUCGCUGUGGAGCGGCGUUACUUAAGCGAGAGCGUAACAUUGCCAGGAAUUUACUGAUCCAUUGGCUACGCUGGACUCGCGAGCGACAACGAAGACGACAGCAGCUAGAAAAUGCCACGUACGCCUUGGCCUGGCAAGAUGCUGCCAAGCCCAUCGCUAGACGACACGAUCGUCAGAUGGUUUUACCUGCUCAUGUAGGAGUGGGACCACGUGGAAAUAGCGACUCAGAAGAUGAGGUGCGAAGACCAACGAGUCCAGUCAUGAAGCGCCUUCGUCAAAAGAAGGCGAACAGGACGAGAUCGGCUGAGAAAGUUGGAGAAAACUCCGAUAUGGUGACGUUACCGGACGCAGUGGAGAUCUCCAUGGACGUAAAGAAGCGUCUGAUACUACUAGGCAAGUGGAAGCCCCAGCAGACGAACAAGCUGCUGUCUUCAAGUUAA